AUGACUUGUACCGAAGCUGCCCCGGGGAAGACCCGCAUCGGCUGGAUCGGCACGGGAGUCAUGGGCCGAUCAAUGCCUUUCGUUCGUCAGCCGCAGCAGCUUCCACCGAAGCAGUUGUCGAUCCCCCGCACCCCCAGCAAGGCAGCGCCGCUGCAGCAGCAGGGAGCAGAGUUGGCUGAAAGUCCUGAAGCAGUGGCAGCAAAAAGUGAUGUUUUAUGUCUCAUGGUGGGGACCCCAGAGGACGUGCAGCAGCUAAUGUAUGUGGGGGCUAGGAAUGGCAAACUGACAGUCAUGGCAGGAGGAGAUGCAGCAGCAGUUGCAGCGAUGCAGCCGCUGUUCCAGGCUUUCGCAACGACAAUCAUACACACUGGGCCCGCAGGAUCAGGCAAGGGCCAGAGGACGAAACUUGCUAACCAAAUAACGCUCUGCACAAAUCUAGUGGGACUGGCGGAGGGUUUGCUGUUUGCUGAGCGAGUCGGUUUAGACCUGGAGAAAACCCUUUCAGUUCUUUCAGGGGGUGGCGCCGCCAGCUGGUCGGUGUCCACUUACGGGCCUCGAAUCCGCGACGGCGACUUCCGCCCUGGCUUCUUCGUCGCCCAUUUGAUUAAAGACCUUCGUCUAGCUUUGGAAGAGGCAUCUCGAGCCAAGUUGGCCUUGCCAGGCCUGAGUCUGGCGCUGCAGCUGUACCAGGCUUUAGAAGCCCAAGGAGGAGGCGCAUUGGGAGUGCAUGCAUUAAAGUUGGCUCUCAGCAGCAUUAAUGAAAAGCAAAAGAAUGUUCAACAAGUUGCUGAGCAAAUGAAUUAA